AUGCCUCCCCGAAACGACGAAAGACAGCCUCUCCUGAAUGGCCACUCCCACAACCAGCAGGAUGAACGCCACGACAAACAAAAAGUCGCCUUCGACGAAGACGAUGAAGAUAAUCCUUGCAAUUGGCCAACAUCACGAAAAUGGUCCCAAGUCCUCCAAAUAACGAUAAUCGCCUUCCUCUGUCCCGCCUCCUCCUCCAUCGUCGCCCCCGCCGCCUCCGAAAUCCAAGAAUCCCUCGGCGUGUCAGACAAACGCCUCAUCCUCGCCGGUCAAAGCGGGUUUGUCUGUAUGCUAGGUCUCGGCCCCUUGUUACUCGCUCCUCUAUCCGAGACUUUCGGGCGAAGGCCUAUAUUCUUGACAAAUUUGGCGAUAUUCACACUCCUGCAGGUGCCGAUUGCGAUGGCGCCGGAGGUGUACAGUUGGAUUGUGUUGAGGACGCUAAGUGGAUUCUUCGGGAGUGUCGGGGUUGCGAAUGGAGGUGGCAGUAUCAGUGAUAUGUUUGAGACGCAUGAGAGGGCGAAGGUGCUUGGGAUAUAUUUACUCGCCCCGCUGCUGGGCCCCAGUAUUGGGCCUAUGGUUGGAGGGAUUAUGGUGGGGAGUGUGCAGUGGAGAUGGAUCUUUUGGCUUGUCUUUGCAGUCGCUGUGGUUGUUUUGGGUGGGUGUUACUUCUGUCUUCAUGAGACGAGGGCUGUGACGAUUUUGCAGAAGAGGAAGAAAGAGUUGGAGAAGAAGGAGGAUGGGACAGAGUGGUACAUUGAGGGUGAUACCGCGGGACAGUCGUUGAUGGCUAAGGUGGCAGGGAAUAGUACAAGGGCCGUGAAGAUCCUCGCGACGCAGCCGAUUGUGUUGACGAUGAGCCUCUAUCAGGCGCUGGUGUUUUCCAGCAUGUACAGCUUGUACGCGAGCUAUACAUCCAUCUGGUCCGCUCCGCCCUACAACUUCAGCAAGACGCAGGUCGGACUAGCGUAUCUGGGCCCUGCGCUGGGGUUCAUCAUCACGAGCUUCUUCAUCGUGUUCUUCAUCGAUCGGUUGUACAACUGGUUGGCAGAGCGCAACGACGAUGACGGGCAACCUGAGUACCGAUUGCCGAUGGCGAACGUCGGUGCCGUCUUGCUGCCCAUCAGCUUGUUCUGGUUCGGGUGGACGGUCGAGAUGGCUCUGUACUGGCCAAUACCGCUCGCGGCGACGCUGUUGUUUGGUGCCAGUCAGGUCAGCAUCUUCAAUACGGUGCAGACGUACUACAUUGAUGCGUACGAAAGCAAUGCAGCUUCUGCGCUGGCGGCUGGUGCCUUCUUGCGCAGUAUGUUUGGCGGUAUCAUACCGCUGCUCGUCGGAGGCUUGUUCGACCAGCUGGGAUAUGGAUGGGGCAUGAGCGUGUUCGGCUUUAUAAGUCUUGCUCUCAUGCCUGCUCCACUGCUCUUUUACUACUUUGGCAGGAGGAUAAGGGAGAGGUUCCCGUUCAAAGGGUGA